AUGGCGGUUCUCAGAUCAGAAACUAAUACAUGGAUUUUACCAGUACAUAUAUUUCAGAGAAGCAUUGGCGACAACGAAAGCAACAAUCACGAGUUCACCAAGAUCCUGCUCUUCCGUCAUGAGCUAAAAAGCAAACGAAUCAAGAAGAUUAAGUCUACGACUUAUCAUCGCCUCAAAAACAAAGACUUGAAGAACUCGUCACUGGGGGCAUUGAUGGACCCGGAAAUGGCUAAAGAAGAGGCUAUGAGACAAGAGGCUAAACAAGUAGAGGAACAUAUGACGUUAAAGCACAAAAACAUAGGAAAGUGGGCGAAGCGCAUGCUAAGCCGUGGACCAAAUGUGAAAUACGAUGGAACUAAGGCAGCUAUAGCCGAACAGCUUCAAAUGAAUGCUAACUUAUCCAGAAAGAUGAACUCCAUGAGAGAUGGAAGUAGCAGUGAUGAGAGGGACGAUGAGGAAGAGUUGAAAGAUGGUUCAGAUGAGGACACUCCUUCUAGAUUGAUAGCAAAAGCGAAGGAGAAGACGUUGAAAGCUUUGGAAGAUGAUGAACUGCCCAAUGCUGUUCUUAUGUCAUUACCUUUCAUGGCCCGUUCUAUAAAAAAGAAAAACGAGGAAGCUAAUGAAGAAGCUAAACGUGCACUUGAGGAGUAUGAAGAGUGGGAAAAUUCUGAUGGAGAAAACUCUAAAAAAGCCGUUAAUGUUAGUGGUAGAAGAGUGUUUGGUGCAACCGCUAAAGUGGAAGCUCCAAAAGAGUCUAGAAAGGAUUCAGAUAACUUUUAUGACGACAGUGAUAGUGACAAUGAUAUGGCUGGCAUAGAAGAUAAUAACAUAGAGCCUGUAAGAGAUAAUGCCUCACCUGCUAGAAACACCAUUACAGAAACUGAGAAGUUUGAUGAUGAUGUUGCUGGAAAUCCAGCAUAUAAGACAACAUUCGAUGUUGCCAUGUUUGCAUCAGGCUCCUGGAAGAAGAUGACAGGCUCCAAAAACACAGAAUCCAAAAAGGCUUCAAAGAAGACGCGUGCACCCAUCCCACAGGCUCAAGAUAAAAAGGUUUUUCUUUCUGCAAGUCUCAGUUGAACUAUACUGUUUUUUCAUCAUCUUCUCUUUCCAACCAGUAGUAGCUUUUGGCUGUUUUAGUUCCUUACCUUUGUAUACUUCUGUAUAAAAUC